AUGGAGAAAUCUCGCCUGCGCGUGAUUAUAUGGAAUGAAUUCAAACGCGGAAAUACUGCGGCAGAAACCUUCAGAAUCAUAAACGAAAAUGAGGGUAAGAAUGUUGUGAGUUAUGCUACGGUGACCAGAUGGUUCGCAAAGUUUCGUGUGGACGAUGAGAAGCUUGAAGACAAACCACGUGCAGGAAGACCCAGCAAACUUGACAAAGAUGCCCUGAGGCGCAAGAUUGAAGAUGACCCACAUAUUACAAUCCGGGAGUUAGAAGAGUUACUAAACUGUGGAAAAAGUACCAUUGGUGAUCAUUUGAAGGCAAUGGGUAUGGUCAAAAAGUUGGACAAAUGGGUGCCUCACAAUUUGACUGAUCUGCAAAAAGCCAAGAGACGAUGUGCUUCCGAAAAGCAUGUUCACGGUGAAAUUCAUAAAAACAAGUAAUGAAAUUUAUCAAUCCUUAAGUUUUUGCUUCGCGCGCAAUUUUAUGUUUGGGCAUGUUUAGUCGUAUAACCUGUCUCGUUGUUUUUGUGGGAAUAUUUUUCCUAUUCUAGUUGAUCGCACGCGUUCGGUGAGCGUUCGUGUGGAAAAAGAAAGCAGUAGUUUUUGAAGAGAGGGGCGUUUUUUCAGUGGUCAGUCUUUGUAAAACGUCGUUAGGGAUGAACUAUAUGAUUAACUUUAAUAUGUUUGUAUGAAAUUCGGUUUGUUUCAAGUUCUUAUGGUCAACAUAAACUUCUGAGAAUUCGGUUUCUUGAACGUGUUGUUGUUCAUGCAAUAAAGUUCAUUAAUUUUCUCAUUUUUUCUUCAUAGUUCAACUGUUUUAUCAUUUUAUGUUCGAAUAUUCAACAUUUUGGAAGUUUUAGUUGGACUUAAUGUUUAUUCUGACCAAGCGUAAACUGGAUGCCGGAUUUAGUCAUGUUCUGUGGCUUUCUGUCGUCUCUGUGCCGCCCAUUCUUUGCGCGCUUCUGUAAUUUGUUCCAUACUGUUUGACCGUCUCUCAAAUCGCCGCGUUCUCUCGCUCCGUUCGUUUUAUUCUUUCCAUUUUCGCUCGGAACGCACUUGUCUGGCCUCUGACUCAUCCUGAUUCAAACGCGUCCCCUUUCCUUAUUCAAUUCUUGUUCUAGAUGGGGAUCUGAACUUAAUUCAGCAUCUUCGUUCGUUCUCUGAAGCUCACGGUUGGGUAUUUGACUGGGAAUUGUCUUUGGAAAGGAAUGUAAUAUGCUUCUUCGAGGAUACUAUGUGUCAUGAUUCUACCGUUUUAUAGCGAUCGUUUUAUUGUGUGAUUAAUGUGUUCUUUACAGCUUCUGCAAGAUGAGUUCCGGAGUUAAUGUGCACGCUGACUGCCAAACCACCUUCCAACAGUUGUCUGAAGGCAAACGUUCUCUCCGCUACAUCAUCUACAAAAUUGAAGGAAAGGAUGUUGUCGUCGAAUCUGCCGUCACUCCCGAAGACGUAAGUUUUGUUGUGUUUUAUUUUCUUGUUUUAGGUUUGAAGAUGGUUUGUUUUAUUGCGGGUCUAAACAUGUUUUAUAACGAACUUACGAAGAUUUCUAAGCAUAUAAAUGUUUUAAACUGCUUAGGUCUUUCAAAAAUAGAGAAAAGCAUAUUGAGGUUACAUUAAUCAUCUUUUUUCAGUUAGGUGUCACCGGAGAUGACCACGACGACAACUCGAAAGCUGCUUACGAGCAAUUUGUCAAGGAUUUGAAGGACAGAACCACCAACUACGAGGACUGUAGGUACGCCGUCUUCGACUUCAAGUUCACUUGUCCACGUCCAGGAGCUGGAAUCUCCAAGGUCGACAAGAUUAUCUUCAUUCAGGUAAGUAAAGUUUAAUGAUAGCAGUGUUUUUCUUUUAGUAGGGUAUCAAAUUGUGAUAAAAAAUAAAUCUUUCAUGUAAUUUAGGUUUCUUGUUUUUAAUUUUGUUUGAUUAGUCAUCCGUUUGAUAUUGUAAUAGUGUUUAAAGUAUUUUAAAAGUUUAAACAUUAAAUUUUUAUGUUUUAGCUGUGUCCUGAUGGUGCUUCGAUCAAGAAGAAGAUGGUGUAUGCUUCUUCUGCUUCAGCCAUUAAACAAGCUCUCGGAACCGCUAAAUUCCUUCAAAUCCAGGUAAACUAGCACUUCAUGACUAAUAAUUUUAAAAAAAUUUUGAUUUUUAUUUGUUCUUGGGUUGAUUUUUAUGUUGUACUGACCUAAUAUUUCCUAUUUUAUCAAAUUUUAUUAACUAACUUAUUGUUUUAGGCUAGUGACGAGUCCGAAAUCUCCCACUCCGAGAUCCUCAACUCUCUCCUCAACAAGUUCCGAGACAACUAA